UGUGUGCUUCCAGUGCCAGACAAACCGCAGCAGCUGUGGCUGGAUCCCGACAGGGGCUCUCUCCGCUGGAACUCGCUGCCCUCCUGCAACGGGGAGAUCAUCGGAUACCAGCUGAGCAUCACAGCCAGGAGGGCAGGGGACAGCAGCGUGCUGGAGACGGAGCGGCUGCGCCUCAAUGGCUCCGUCACCGAGCACCGGCUGCCGGAGCACAGCCCUGGCAGCAGCUACACCGUGACGAUCCAGGGGCUGACGGCUGCUGGAGCCGGGCCCGCGUUGAUGAGGGACUUUGACAGCGACAGCUCCGACACCCCGCACCGCCGGGGCAGCGGCUGCCGCAGCGUGCGCGACAUCGCCCCGUCCCAAGGCACGGCCGUGCUUCCCCUGCGCCCCCUCGCCCCGGCCCCCGGGGCAGCCAGGGAGCACCAGCUCAUCGUGGCCGCCACGCACAACGCCUCGCUCAUCGAGGGCAUCUGCUCGGGCCGGCCGCAGCUCUCCAACGCCAGCGUCUACGUGGCCGCUCUUCUCAACCUCACCGCCCCCACCGACUUCGUGCUGGGCGACGGCAGCCGCGGCCCGGGCCAGCACAACGCUGCCCUCCGCCCGGGCCGGGACUACACGGCCCUGCUGCGCCUCAGCCGCCUCUGGCCGCAGGCAGAGAAGGUCACCUGUGUCUGCUACAGCUUCUCUGUCGGGCAGACUGCGGUCCAGUGGCAUGGGAUUGUGAUUGGACUGGUUGUGCUGUUGGUAGUCCUCCUUGUGGUUGCAGUCAUCCUGUGGUUUGUGCUCUCCAAGAAAAAGAAGUAUUUGCCCAACAAAACUAAGGAGGAUAAUUAAAAAGGUAAAGGUGUCUAGGCUGGAGAUCAGUCUAUCCAGGACCAUGGAGACAUCCAGAGCACUGAGGAUAUGGAGAAAAUGGGAAGGAUGUCCCCACCCCAGUGAUGAUGACUGCUAUGUAUCCUGGCUCUCCUGUGACUGACCAGCCUAGAGGUCCCAUGCAAUUCAUCCAAUUCAGCAGGGCAAGAGGAAAACAGAAGGCCAAGGAGGGUUGAGCUUUUUCAUUCCUCACCUCCUAGGUUUUGCUUACUGCUUUGUAAGGCCUUUGAAACUGGCUUUCUGUAAUCCCUUUUUUCCAGGCUUUGCUUUCAUUUUUGCUUUCCUGGAAGCAUAACUUGUAUGCCAGAUUUCCCAGUCCCAGACUCACACAGGCUCAGGCUGAUGGCGUUUGCUGUCCUCUGGGUUCCCAACCCUUCUGCUCUUUCUGUUGAUAUUCAGCCAACAAAGCCAAGGGUUUUGCUAGGCCUAGCUGAAUGCUUUGUGACUCUGCCUAUUUUGUCUGGACAACAAAUAAAGGCUUAUGGUUUGGAGGGGCUGCCUGUCCCACACAA